CAGAGUUGAGAUGCCUGAGCCGGCGAAGUCCGCUCCGGCCCCGAAGAAGGGCUCCAAGAAGGCGGUGACCAAGGCGCAGAAGAAGGACGGCAAGAAGCGCAAGCGCAGCCGCAAGGAGAGCUAUUCGGUGUACGUGUACAAGGUGCUGAAGCAGGUGCACCCCGACACCGGCAUCUCGUCCAAGGCCAUGGGCAUCAUGAACUCGUUCGUCAACGACAUCUUCGAGCGCAUCGCGGGCGAGGCGUCGCGCCUGGCGCAUUACAACAAGCGCUCGACCAUCACGUCGCGCGAGAUCCAGACGGCCGUGCGCCUGCUGCUGCCCGGCGAGCUGGCCAAGCACGCCGUGUCCGAGGGCACCAAGGCCGUCACCAAGUACACCAGCGCCAAGUGAACCU